CUGGAAGCUCUGUGGAGCAACAGAUAGCAGAGCGGGAGGCAAAAGAAGAAGGGAGAAGUCUGCUCUCUCUCUUAACCCCUCCAUCUCUACAACAUCUCUCCUCCUCCUCCCAUCUGACGCAGGGAGCCCCAAGUUUGAGGUUUUUCCUCUCUCUUCCUUGCUGCGCACACUGCGUUUUCUUUGCAAAGCACGAGAAACGAAGACUGAGCGCGACGGCAUGCUAGAGACACCUUACGGGAAACAGAAAUGCGGGGAUUGCUCCCCUCGUCAGUUUUAUCCUUGCACCACCACCGAGGACUCGCAGGUUCAACUACAUCUUCGUGUUGACACGAGCUCAGGCGUGCAUGGUUCCGUGCGGCGCACAGAUGGAGCUGUGCGCUCCGAGUGUGAGUGAGAGCUCAGCAGAGCGUGUGGCAGCGUUGUUACCGGAUACCUGCUGCUGCAGUGCCUCCCAAAUGUGAAGAUGAAAAGUUCAAAACAACAUGUGACGGGUUAUCACUUCAAAGGAAAUCCAAAAGGGGCAAAGCGUGCUUUAGCUGAGUGACCCCUUCAGUUAUUUCCCCCCUUUUUUUCUUCAUCAGCGUGCGUCCAGGAUGGAUCCCGUCUGGCUUCUCCUCCUGCUGCCAUCCGUCCUCAGAGCGCAGGUGGCUUCAGAUUUCCCAUCAGGCGUCACAGUGGAGACGGCCAACAGCACUGACUCAUUGACAAACAAUACAAGAACUUCAGAAAACUCCACCAGCCCCUCCACUUCCUCCACUGCUGCAGAGCCUUCGGGGUUUUCCCCUUCAGAAGCUCCCACAGAAAUAGAGGAUGACUGGUCACCGGCAGAGGCAUUUCUGUACACCGGAGACCCCUCGACUCUGGUAGUGGGCCGUUGUUCACGGGCGUAUAGCACCCGUGGGCAGAUGGGACCCCUGCCCCUCAGCUUCACCGCCCCCCUCAGGCCAGCUAUGGAUGCACUAGCCAACACUGCCAACUUUCUUAACAUGAUCUUCCAAGCUAGUGACCUGCAUGAGAGCACGGUGCAAGAGGAUAUGGAGUGGUACCAUGCCCUGGUCCGUGCCCUUCUAGAGGCUGAUGUGCUCAUCCGGCGGGCCCUGUUUACGUUUGAUGCUGACCCAACUGCCCAGGUGCCGCAGCUAGUGCUCCAUGCAACUCGCACCCCAAUGGCUAAGGUGCAGACAAUCAUCCUCCAGGACUUAUCCAAGGCAUGGGAGAGCCUGCACCCACCUGCCCCUGCCCCUGAUGACAGCUGGUUCAGAAAACUGAAAUUCCCAGAGUCCAGCCAGCCAAUUACAGCCCUGUCCAAACGAGUGCUCCUCAAUGACCUCAACACCUUGGACACACCUAAGUGGGGGCAGGGUGACAGCUAUGUGACCAAUCGCAGUGGGGUACGCUGGGAUAGUGCUCCUUUUCUGGACUGUAUGGAUGAACGCUUUGUGCCUGGCUGGAUGCUCACACUCUCCACCUCCUUCUUUGGUCUCAAGCCUGACCUGACACCAGAAUUCAGAGGUGUGAUCCGUGUGGAUGUCAACAUUCAGGACAUUGACUUGGACCAGUGUGCAACAGGGGAAGGCUGGUUUGCUGAUACUCACCAGUGCAACCGCACCACCAUGGAGUGUAUUCCCAUUCCAGGCCGGGGCUUUCGAUUGGGUCAGUACUGCUGUCGCUGUAAAGAAGGAUACUACAGCCCUGACGUAUCACCUCAGGACUCAGAUGGAGCCCCUGUGAAUGAGAGUGACAGCAAUGGUAUGUGUUACCCGAACAUGCCCAUCUGUCUCCCCUGCUGGCCGGGCUGUAAGAGCUGCCAGGACGGUACCCCAUGCUGGGUGCAGGAGGACUGGCUUCUUAGGUCUGGUGUGCUCGCCAUCCAGGGGGUCUUCAUGCUCCUCAUUUUCAUCAGCAUGCUGGUGGCCUACCGGCAUCGUCGCAACCGGCGGAUCCGGGCUUCUGGCCUGCUGCUGCUGGAGACAAUCUUGUUCGGCUCCCUGCUCCUCUACUUCCCGGUCUUUAUCAUGUACUUCAGGCCAAGCACCUUCAGGUGCAUCCUGCUCCGCUGGGUGCGAAUGCUUGGUUUCUCCAUUGUCUACGGCACAGUCACACUUAAGAUGUACAGAGUACUGAAGGUGUUCCUGUCACGCACAGCCCAGAGAAUGCCCUACAUGUCCAGCCUCCAUUUACUGAGAAUUCUGGGAGUGAUGCUGAUGACAGUCAGCUGGUUCCUGUGUGCAUGGACGGUGGGUGUUAUGCAGAAUCGUGACAGAAACAUUCCAGUCUUCAUCACAACCAACACACCUGAUGGACAGGGCUUCAACAUGUGUUACCUUGACCGUUGGGACUACAUGAUGGCUGUAGCUGAGCUUCUGUUCCUGUGCUGGGGGAGUUCACUGUGGACUGCUGUAAGGCCAGUACCCUCAGCUUUCCAUGAACCUCGUUACAUGGGCAUCGCCAUCCACAAUGAGCUGCUUCUCUCCUCUCUGUUCCACCUGUUCCGAUUUACCUUUCCAUCUCUUCAUCCUGAUUGGAUGCUGCUGCUCUCCUUCACACACACCCAUGUCACCAUCACUGUGACACUCGCCCUGCUCUUUGUUCCCAAGUUCCUUUAUGUAUCCAAACCUGGGAGAGAGGAGAUUGCAGCAGAGGUGUAUGAAGAUGAAGUUGACCUGCGGCGCUCUGGCUCCUACCUCAACAGCAGUUUUCACUCUGCAUGGAGUGAGCACAGUGUGGACCCUGAUGACUUUCGGGAUGAACUGAAGAAAUUAUAUGCCCAGUUAGAAGUCCACAAGACGAAGAAGAUGGCUGCAAACAACCCUCAUCUACCUAAAAAACGAAGCUCUCGAUGUGCACUGGGGAGAUCCCUUAUAAAACGCAUAGCUGAAAUCCCAGAAACGAUGAGCCGCCAGUGCAGCCGUGAGGAGAAAGAUGGAUCCUUCCGCAGUAGAAGUGGGAAUCAUUCUGAUUCUUUUAGAAGGUCUACAGAGACGGUCAGUAUCAGUUACAGAAGUUCAAUGAAGUCAGCAUCUCUAUCGCCAUCACCAUCCAUGCGGAAGUCGCAAAGUGAUCAUCACUAUGUCAGGGAACGAGACUCUUUGCACACCUCCACAUUAAGGGCCAAUACUGUGAAGAGAUCCUCACAGCGAUCUGAGACAGACUCCUUGGAUAUACCACCAGGGGUCUGUAAGUCAGCCAGUGCCCAGAAUCUGACGAUUGAUACCAAUCUCUUGCAUCCUGAUCACAACAGACUUCAUAAAUCUUGGAGCCUAACCUCAACUACCAGCCAUUCUAUGGAGAAUAUACCCAAGGUUAACAGAGCCAACACAGUGAGGUCGAGGCCAAGCCUUUCUAUAAGUGACCAGACCAGGAGUGCUCUCAAAUCUGAGUCAUUUGACAAGGCUGAAAUCUGCCCUUGGGAGGUGGAGCCAGAACAGUCAAGUGACAAGAACCAGAAGCAUGUCACAUAUGCAAACUCUGGGGAUGAUGAGGAAAAAAGGCCACCAUCUCCACUUGCACUUGUCUGUCCUUGGGACCAUUUGCCACCUGUAGAAAAGAAGUCUUCUGUGGACAAAGGCCUACAAGGUGAAACCGAGUCCCCCAAGUCUACCGUGUCUACAAGUGCACCUGGUUCUCCAAGACCAAAGGUUGCAAAGGAUCAGCGUGUUUUCUCUUUCCGCACCACUACAACCGCUAAGUGGCUGACUGUGAAAACAUUGAUGGGAUCAAUUGAUGCAGCUAGCAGGUCCAGCAAGGAUGGAAGCUUAAAUAGAGAAGAUUCUAUUUCACAAAAAAGUCAGGAAAGUGCUUCAACAACACCAAGGUCAGGAACAUCAAGACAUCCUAGCAUUGAAAAGAGGUCACUCCAGAAAAGAAGCAUGACAACAGCAGAUGGAAAACCAUGUCUUGUUAAGCAGAAUGCAGUCAGACUCUCUUCUGGGGAUUCCUCUGACAGAAGCCCACGAAGGCUUGUAAUUGUAAAAUCUUCUAUCCAUCCAUGUGAUUCAGAAGAUAUGCAAAAAGAUGGGACAUAUGAACACGUGCUUUUGUCGAGGCAGAGUAGUAAACGUAGUAGUAUAAGUUCUAUAAGCAGCUCCAGAACCCCUUCAACUCACAGAAGAGGUAGUUAUCGAAUUACUCCAACCCGUAAUGUUCCUCAUACAGAUGUAUGUUCAUGGGAUAUCGCUAGUGGAGAGGGACCAAAGAAGCAGCAGAGCAUCAAAGCAGAUGUCUGCCCUUGGGAAUCACAGGUAUCUGAACGAUCUAACGUAUGUCCUUGGGAAUCUCAAGAGCAAGCGAACAUGAGAAGACGAGGAAGUGGUCAUGGAGAAGUUGGUCCUUUGGAAUCUCAGGAUAUUCCAGUUGUUUCUCACACUAUCCUUUCUAAAGAUUUACAGGCACAGCAGCCUUUAAAAGGCCUAUUAAACAUAUGUCCCUGGGAGACUUCAGAGUCUCCCCAGCCUUCAGUAAUACAAACUAAUGAAUACGCUAAUGUUUGUCCGUGGGAUAUGCAGGACAAGGUUGAAGGUGUAUACGAAAAUUUAAAUCCUUUAGAAAACAGGGGAACACUGACAGUGCCCCUUCAGCGAGAGGUCAUGAAAGCUGCAAUCUAUCCUGGUGCAUCAAGUAAUGAGCAACAUUACCAUGCAAUAUCACCUGCCUCAAACUGGGGUAAACACAUAAACAAAGCAGCAGCAAGUUCUCCAUGGGAUUUCCCUGAUCCCCCGACAAUCAAGGAAAAUAUUUGCCCAUGGGAAGGUAACACGGAGCAGACAAAUACAGAAUCAACUCCACAAAUGACAAUAAAGGUACAUAUUUGUCCCUGGGAAAGUGAACAAGACAAUCCAGAAGAUUUAGAAAUAGAUACCUCACUUUUGAAAGCUACUUCAGAACAUACUGAUGGAAAUGACAGCACAAGAGUUAAUGUAUGCCCCUGGGAAACAGCACUACCUGAAAAAACUGCAGCGACCAAAACAAUGUCUCAAGAACUUAAAAGGCCAGCAGAGGUUUGUCCAUGGGAAAUAGAGGAACCAGAAUCAGGAAAGCCAGAGAUCCCCAAAAUAUCAGAGAGCACCGCUCGAGCAAAUGUUUGUCCAUGGGAAACAGGUGAAGCAGGGACAGUUAAAACUGAAGUAUCAGACGCAUCUGAUAAACUACAAAGGAAGGGCAUUUCCCAGGAAAAUGUUUGUCCACUGAAAACAGAAACCCCCAAAGUUCUGAAAAAGCAAGACAGCACAAGGGCAGAUGUUUGUCCAUGGGAGACUGAAGAAUCAAAAGUUCUGAAAAAACAAGGUAGCACUGGGACAGAUGUUUGUCCAUGGGAGACAGAAGAACCAAAAAUUCUCCAAAAACAAGAUAGUGCUCUGGCAAAUGUUUGUCCGUGGGCGACUGAAGACACUACGGCUGCCAAAAAGAACGAUAGCAUUAAAGAAAAUGUUUGUCCGUGGGAGACUGAAGAACCAAAAGUUCUUAAAAAACAAGGUAGCACUGGGACAGAUGUUUGUCCAUGGGAGACAGAAGAACCAAAAAUUCUCCAAAAACAAGAUAGUGCUCUUGCAAAUGUUUGUCCGUGGGAGACUGAAGAACCAAAAGUUCUGAAAAAACAAGAUAGCACUCGGACAGAUGUUUGUCCGUGGGAGACAGAAGAACCAAAGGCUGCCAAAAAGAACGAUAGCAUUAAAGAAAAUGUUUGUCCGUGGGAAACAGAAGAACCAAAAAUUCUCCAAAAACAAGAUAGUGCUCUGGCAAAUGUUUGUCCAUGGGAAACUGAUGAAACCGUCCAAAAGAAAAGUAGCACUGGAGCAGGUGAAGACAAAAAUGAUAUUCCCAACAGUGACAAGGAUGUCAUAGAAAGUCAGAGCUGCCUUAGUGUCGAAGAGACUCCAGCAGACACAAGCCCUGAGCAAACAGAUGAGUCUAAAGCAAACUUAGCCCUGGGCAGGCGAGAUGCUCUGUGCCCUUGGGAGAUGUUAAGGAGCACAUCUGGCUCAUUCACUGACAAUGCGUCAGAUAUCUUUACAUGGGAGCCAGAGAAUAUUCCAGAAGAAGACGAAGAGGACGAUGCCGAGUGUGCUGCUGAAGCUCUUGUAUUCCCACCUGACCUAUAGCUUUAUACUUUUGUAGCUACUGUAGGCUCAGCUAUAGAAGAGCUUCCCUGCAGCUGGCAAAGGCAAAAUUUCUUUCUGAUGGAUUAUUAAACAAUAAUUAAAGAGUAGACUUAAUUAAUGAAAUCUGACAAACAGCCGGGCCAUGCCCACAUGUCUAAAAGCCUGGAAGGCUAGACUUGGCUGGACACUACAAGUUGUGCAGACCUGACUGAAAAUACAUUUUGUAAAGCACGUACAGAAGAUUUAUGUACCCCAUACAUUUAACACAAAAAAGAUUUUUACGUGAUAGAAGGGCAUGUAAAGCAAUUAGCUGAAGUCCAAUGUCUUUGUUUCUGUCCCCCAUACUAAAUGCAAAUGAUUUUGUGCGUCUUUGAGUGACGUCACUCAAUUUUGCCAUGAGAUCAGUAUAUUGAUGGCUGAGCUAAAAUUAUUACAAAAGCCAAAGUUAAGUCAGCACUACUCUCAAACAAAAGUACAACACAGGGUGUCUACAGAUACGACACUUUGGAAUACUCCUGCCCCAUAUAAAGAUACACCAGACAACUCAAAAUUCCUUAAAAAAUCAUUUGUUCAAACUAAAAUAAAAUACAAACUGUCAAGCAGGAAUACAAUGGACACAGUUACAUUUCAAAAGUAUUGAUAAAACUAUGCAUACUUUUUUGUUUGGGUGACUCAUUUUCCUGACUAAAUACUAAUGUUUACUAUUAAAGUGGACCGACUAUGCUUUUAUUUUCUGUCAUGCUCACUGCCACAGUGGUAGCUGCUCAUAUUUGAACACAAAGUUUUUAAUGGUGUGUGAAAAUUAUUCUGCGAGUCAAUAGCUUAGUUUCAGACAGUUCUAUCUACUGUGCUCAUUAUUUGAUAUAAUUGAGAGGGGAUAUCCCUAAUGUGGUCACCUCAGGCACCCACCAACUGUUUAUACCUUCUGUUGUUGAGGAGCAACUAAUCAAAAUGAAGAUGGUCUAAAAAAGAUAGGAAAGAAAGAUAAAACAGCUUGUUUCACACAGUGAAUGAACUUAAUCUGAACUCCGAGUCAAACUCCAGUCCAAGAAAAACAUAUGAAAAACAUUGCAAUCACCACAGAGCUGUUGUGUAAUCACCUUUUGAAAACACUGCAGCUAUUUGAUAAGGCUGAUUACUUUUUUAAGCACAAAUGACUUAAGCCAAAAGUGGUUUGCACCACAGUAGUAAAUAUUUCUUGGUUGUUUAACAGAUCUUGACAAUAUUUUUUUCUUUAAAGACAACAUCUUAUGAUUUUCAGAUGGUCAUCAUUAGCUAAUCACUUCUUCACAUCAAACAAUGCUUUUAAUUUCAGUGUGUGAUAUUAGUGAAUGUUACUUUAAGUUCUGAAUCACUGCUCACAGAUUUCAGAGUCAGCUUCCAAGUUAAAAAAAAAUAGUAAUAUGUGGUAAAUUCUGGACUUUAAAUAUCAGCAGUUGUUAGUUAAGAUGUAAUUAAGCUGCAUGUCCAUGCCAGCAAAUAUUGUUUGAAAUUCAUUGAUGGUUAUCAUCAGACUUUAUGCUGCUACAGUGUCAUACAGUGAUUUUAUUGUUAAACUCCAGUUGUUGGCUCCAAGUCUUUUUUUGUCAGUGGACUGACCUAGUUUUGUAAGCAAUGUUUGUGUUUUUUUUAAUCAGUGUACUGUAAAUUGU